AUGGCCACCGCCGCCGCCGCCGCCGCCGCGCUCACCGGCGCCACUACCGCUGCGCCGAAGGCGAGGCGCCGGGCGCACCUCCUGGCCGCCCGGCGCGCCCUCGCCGCGACCAUCAGGUGCUCCGCGGCGUCACCCGCCACGCUGACGGCUCCCCCGGCCACCCCGCUCCGGCCGUGGGGCCCCACCGAGCCCCGCAAGGGCGCCGACAUCCUCGUCGAGGCCCUCGAGCGCUGCGGCGUCCGCGACGUCUUCGCCUACCCCGGCGGCGCGUCCAUGGAGAUCCACCAGGCACUCACCCGCUCCCCCGUCAUCGCUAACCACCUCUUCCGCCACGAGCAAGGGGAGGCCUUCGCCGCCUCCGGCUUCGCACGCUCGUCGGGCCGCGUCGGCGUCUGCGUCGCCACCUCCGGCCCCGGCGCCACCAACCUAGUCUCCGCGCUCGCCGACGCGCUGCUCGACUCCGUCCCCAUGGUCGCCAUCACGGGACAGGUGCCGCGGCGCAUGAUUGGCACCGACGCCUUCCAGGAGACGCCCAUCGUCGAGGUCACCCGCUCCAUCACCAAGCACAACUACCUGGUCCUCGACGUCGACGACAUCCCCCGCGUCGUGCAGGAGGCCUUCUUCCUCGCCUCCUCUGGUCGCCCGGGACCGGUGCUUGUCGACAUCCCCAAGGACAUCCAGCAGCAGAUGGCGGUGCCGGUCUGGGACACGCCCAUGAGUCUGCCUGGGUACAUUGCGCGCCUUCCCAAGCCUCCUGCGACUGAAUUGCUUGAGCAGGUGCUGCGUCUUGUUGGUGAAUCGCGGCGUCCUGUUCUUUAUGUUGGCGGUGGCUGCGCAGCAUCUGGUGAGGAGUUGCGCCGCUUUGUGGAGAUGACUGGAAUCCCAGUCACAACUACUCUUAUGGGCCUUGGCAACUUCCCCGGCGACGACCCACUGUCUCUGCGCAUGCUUGGUAUGCAUGGCACAGUGUAUGCAAAUUAUGCAGUGGAUAAGGCCGAUCUGUUGCUUGCAUUUGGUGUGCGGUUUGAUGAUCGUGUGACAGGAAAGAUUGAGGCUUUUGCAAGCAGGGCUAAGAUUGUGCACAUUGAUAUUGAUCCGGCUGAGAUUGGCAAGAACAAACAGCCACAUGUGUCCAUCUGUGCAGAUGUUAAGCUUGCUUUGCAGGGCAUGAAUGCUCUUCUGGAAGGAAGCACAUCAAAGAAGAGCUUUGACUUUGGUUCAUGGCACGAUGAGUUGGAUCAGCAGAAGAGAGAAUUCCCCCCUUGGAUGUGGGCGGCACAGUACUACACUUACAAGCGGCCAAGGCAGUGGUUGUCUUCGGCUGGUCUUGGGGCUAUGGGAUUUGGUUUGCCGGCUGCUGCUGGCGCCGCUGUGGCCAACCCAGGUGUCACUGUUGUUGACAUCGACGGAGAUGGUAGCUUCCUCAUGAACAUUCAGGAGCUAGCUAUGAUCCGAAUUGAGAACCUCCCAGUGAAGGUCUUUGUGCUAAACAACCAGCACCUUGGGAUGGUGGUGCAGUGGGAGGACAGGUUCUAUAAGGCCAACAGAGCACACACAUACUUGGGAAACCCAGAGAAUGAAAGUGAGAUAUAUCCAGAUUUCGUGACAAUUGCCAAAGGGUUCAACAUUCCAGCAGUCCGUGUGACAAAGAAGAGCGAAGUCCAUGCAGCAAUCAAGAAGAUGCUCGAGACUCCAGGGCCGUACCUCUUGGAUAUAAUCGUCCCGCACCAGGAGCAUGUGUUGCCUAUGAUCCCUAGUGGUGGUGCUUUCAAGGAUAUGAUCCUGGAUGGUGAUGGCAGGACUGUGUAUUGA